AUGUGGUCUCCCGCCAUCUACGACGAUGGGUCGGCUUCAGUGCGGCUGCCCGUACUGCACUUAAUCACCACCGUCCUGGCAUACACGAAAGGCCCCGCCCCGCUCGCCCUCAGCGCGACCUCGCGUGAGGCACGGGAGGUGGUGGAGCGAAGUCGACAUAGCUAUCAAAUCGGCCCGCUGCGUAGUUUUUUCUCCGAUUUCAGCGACACCCCGCUGCGAGUGAUCGAACUGCACGGCAACUCCUCGCUCAAGGCGUGGAGGGCGGCGUACUGGUGGAUCACCUCCUCGCGACCGGACGCCUUACUCGCGAUCAGCUGCACGAAAAUGGAUCUGUCGGAGAAAACGAUCCGCGCGAUGAUGGGGCGUCAUAAAAAAGCCCUCCGACGACGCGUGGUGCGGUUAACCCGAGGCCGAACCCCCACCCCGGCGAGCGAUCUCUCCUGGCUAAGGCAGCUGCCCAACCUCACCCACUUGGAUCUGUCGUUUUGUGAGCAUAUCACGAACUGGCGGCCGAUCGGCGCCCUCCACGCGUUGCGGUUUCUCGCCGUCAAGUGCUCGAACCUCGCGCGGCUGGACUUCCUAGCCUUCUGCCCGCUUCUGGAGGAGCUGCAGCUGAAGAACUGCACGCGGGUUCAGAAUUGGGGGGUGGUGGGGGUUUUAAACCACCUGCGGGUGCUGCAGGCGGACUUCUCCAGCCUGCACGACCUCUCGUUUCUCGCCGGCUGCAACGAGCUGGAGGAGCUCUCGCUGGAUCGAUGCGGGGGGAUCUCGGAUUGGUCCCCGAUCGGCCUCCUGCGCGACCUCCACUCGCUGAGCCUCGCGUCGACGGGGGUUCGCGACCUCCGCUUCCUGCCUUCCUGCGGCUUCCUGGAGGUCCUGAACCUCGCGGGUUGCCGGCACGUCGAGAGCUACCACCCCCUCGCGGGGCUCCACCACCUUCGCGUGCUCAGCGCGGAGAAUUCCAACCUCCGCGAUCUCGGCUUCGUUCCCGCCUGCGCGUUUUUGCAGGAACUCCACCUCAGUCGGUGUGAGGGGAUCGUGGAUUGGCGCCCGAUCGGCAGUCUUCGCCGGCUCCGCGUCCUCAACGCGGACGACACCGCGAUUCGCGAUCUCACCUUCCUCGCCACCUGUGAGGCCUUGGAAGGGCUCUACCUGGGUGGCUGCAAGGCGAUCGAGGACUGGCGCCCGAUCGGCAAUCUUCGCCAACUUCAGAUCCUCUUCGCGAGCUACUCCAGCCUCGGGGAUCUUUCCUUCUUGACCAGCUGUGCGGCGCUGCGGGAGCUGCACGUGGUGGCGUGCACGGCGAUCGAGGACUGGCGCCCUAUCGGUAGUCUUCGCCAGCUCCACCUCCUCUACGCGGGGCGCUCCCGCAUCGCCGACCUCUCCUUUCUCGAGGGCUGCGCGCGGCUGGAGGCGCUGUCGCUGACGCGAUGCGAGGGGAUCCGGGAGUGGGAGGUGCUCGGCCGCCUCGCCCGGCUCCGGAAGCUCGACGCGCCGCGGGAUAAGGUGAAGGAUCUCGUCGCGGAUGCGGUUAGGAUCGUUUGA